GCGUUUAUUGUAAAGUCAAUAUGUGGUGGAUUUCUGUAAACUUGUAGUUAUUUUUAGAGUACUAACAAAGUGAAUAUGUAGUGAAAUAGUCAGACCAUUCAAAGAUGCUGUGCUUCGCCUGCCUGUUGAGCGGAUCAGCGGGACGGUCGCGGAGCGGCUACCGAGAACCACCGCGGUAGUGCAGACUGCGGAGCGAGGAGUGUGUUCCCCAUGCGGCAGACGCGCGGCACGCCAGCAGAGCGCAGGGCGGCAUGGAGACGGAAUCCGUGAAGUCGGGCUUCAGCGAGCAGAGCUCCAGGGGGCGGCGUUCGCGCAACCACACCCACCGAAGCAACCGCCUGUACUCGAACCGCAGCUCCAGGAGUAAUCGAAGUCACCGGAAAAACGAGGAUCCUAUGGCACCUUUCCAAACAUCUGUGACGUUGAGUGAUGAAAACAGAGAUGGACAAGAGGUCAUCGAAGUUCAGAUCUUGCCUCAGGACGACAACUGGGGGGAGAACACGACGGCGGUGACCGGCAACACAUCGGAGCAGUCUGACGCGGAGGAGGCGAGCGUGGGCUCGUGGCACGGGGACCCCGACGCAGGGCUGGGCUUCCUGUGCCACCGCCACCUGGGCUCGGCGCUCACGCUGCUGCUGUCGGUGCUGGCGUUCCUCAGCCCGCUGGCGAUGGUGGUGCUGCCCAAGCUGGGGCUCCUCCCGGCGCUUGCCCCCGGCGGAGCGGCCACCGCCGCCCAGCGAGCCCGACUGCUGGGCUGCGCGGCCGAGUGCAAGGGCAUGCUGGUGUCGCUGGCCUUCAAGCUGGUGCUGCUGGCGGCCGGGGCCUGGGGCGUGUUCCUGCGCCGCCCGCGCGCCACCAUGCCGCGCAUCUUCCUGCUCCGGGCCGCCACGCUGCUGCUGCUGCUGGUCUGCACCUUCGCGCACUGGCUCUUCUACGUGGUGCAGGUGACGGAGGUCGGCAAGGAGCCCGUCGAGUACAAGGGGCUGGUGGCCUACGCCUCGGGCCUGGCAGACACCCUGCUGUUCGUCCACUACAUCGCAGUCGUGCUCAUCGAGGUCCGCCAGCUGCAGCCCACCUUCUACGUCAAGGUGGUGAGGAGCCCGGACGGGGAGAGCCGGUCGUACGCCGUGGGCCAGCUCAGCAUCCAGAGGGCGGCCGUGUGGAUCCUGGAGCACUACUACACAGAGUUCCCCGUCUACAACCCGUACCUGGAGCGGCUGCCCGUCUCCAAGUCCCGCAAGGCCGGCUCCAGCUUCAAGUUCUACGAGGUCGACGGCAUCAACAACUCGGCCAUGCAGAGCCAGUCGAGGGCGAUGCUGGCGGCCCAGGCCCGGCGCAGGGACUCCAGCCACAACGAGCGCUUCUACGAGGAGCACGACUACGAGCGGCGCGUGAAGAAGAGGAGGGCCCGCCUGAUCACUGCUGCCGAGGAGGCCUUCACCCACAUCAAGAGAGUGCACAACGAACAAGUGUCUUCCAUCCCGAUGGACCCGCGCGAGGCGGCCCAGGCGGUGUUCCCCUCGAUGGCCCGCGCCCUGCAGAAGUACCUGCGGGUGACGCGGCAGCAGCCCCACCACUCGGUGGAGUCCAUCCUGGCCCACCUGGCCGACUGCCUCAGCCACGACCUCACGCCGCGUGCCUUCCUCGAGCCCUACCUCGUCACGGCGCCCGUGCUGCAGAAUGAAAAGGAGCAGAAGUCGGUCCAGACGUGGGCCCUGAUCUGCGAGGAACUUCUCUCGCGCCCCAUUGGCCACGGGGUGACCUUCCAGCUGCGUCAGAACGACGUGUCGCUGAUCUGCCACGUCCGCGACCUGCCGCACUUCAACAUCACGGAGGAGGUGGUUGAUCCCAAGUCGAACAAGUUCGUCCUGCGCCUCAACUCUGAGACUUCAGUGUGACGCGGCGUGAUGAGUGAAGCCAAGAGUCCGAUAUUCCCAAAUACUUACAUUUAGGGACACCUGUAUUUCGCGAAUACAUUUCGUGUCUAGGUACAUGGCAAAACACCGUAGUUUUUUUUCUUGUAGUUAUUGGCUGUGAUCGGCGAAAGGUGUUUUCCCGCACUUGACGGGGCCAAUGGGAAUGUGGAUACCGUACUGCUGCACGCACACGAUUCGCCAUUACUCUAAGAAAAAGCUACAGUGUUUUGUGACAUACCUUGACACGAAAUGUAUUCGCGAAAUGCAGGUGUCCCUACUUAUAUUAUAUUGUGUAGGGAAGCAGUGUUGAGUUCUACUGCAGGACCAAUUAAUGGUUACUUCUUGUGAGGUAGAAUACCAUUGCCUGUUGUAGUGUAUAUGAAGUGCAGCAUAAGUUUUGAUUCCAAUCAAUUCAAGAUACGGAAUGAUGUAUAAAAGUGGAAACCCUCUUGAGAAAUUUCAGAAUUUAGUAAUAAUUGUAAUGUAUUGAAAUAUAGGAUUAUUGAUAAGUUAAACUUUAUAUUUAUUUAAAAAAAUUGAAUUUUGUGAGUGUGAUCAGUUGCAAAAUAUUUAUUUUUUUACAAAACAAGCUUUGUUCAACGCAAAAUAAGUUUCAGAAGCCAAAUGUUGCUGUCUAGGUAGGCAAAUAACGGGACAUCAUUGUUAAGGCCAAUAUGUAGGAAACCAAUCAUUUGUGAAGAGGGUAAGAAGACUUAUAACAGAUUGGUUUACUUUAUACUGGUACUUCAGUAAUUACUCUAUCUAAAAUACUAAGCCUCUUAUUUUUGAAUAAGUAGUAAGGGACACAGUUGCUGCUUGAGAAAGUUCAGGUUUGUUUCUACAUCAGAAUGAUUACAAACUUUAUCUUAUAGCAAGCACAAGAAUUAAACAGCAUGUAUGUCUAGCAGGGUAAGAUGGGAUUAGUUUUUUAAUUAUGCUCAUACUGAUAGAAUUUUUUAUUAUUUCCUUAUAUAAAAUUUUUUAUUGUAAGCGAGUUUACUGAAAAUUAGAAUAACUUUUUUUUUAAUUAAAAAGAGUUUUAACUCCAAAUUAUAUAAGUUAACAAGUUAAAAUUACUUCCACGAGGGUUAAUUUAAUCCGAUAAUAGCUUAAUAUUGGUAGUAUCAGUUAUCGGAACAGCCCUGGAGGGAAAAAAAUUAAAUUUAUAUUGGAAAUCAUAAAACCCUUUUGUUAAUUCUUUAGAAGGUAUUAGAUUAGAAUUUUUUUUUCUUUUUUUUGCUAAAGGUUAUUCAACAUUUAUGCAUAUUUUUAAUUUAUCCAAGUACAUAGUAUUAAGGCUAAUCAAAAAUGUUGUUUUAAUUUUUAUCUUUAUUUACUCUACCCCCAUCUUAACCUAUGAAAAAUAGCAUACUUGACACAUCAUUACUGUAUUGUAUAAAUUAUAACUGAUGGCUUGCCUGCCUAGCUUCCUAAUUUUUUCCACAUGUAAUUUAUCGCACAAAAAAUUUGCCAAUGCUAUGAGGAGAAUAGUAGUUUUAGAGUGAAAAACUACUAUAUGGCCUAUAGAUGGUUAUGAUUGUUAUAUAGUACAUAAUAGCAUCGUUCACAUUUUUAUAUAUAUAUUAUUUUUUACAGCUGCUAUUCAGAGUUGCUGUUUUAAUAAUUAUUUUGUGCUGAAAUUGGUUUUGUCGUGGUCUUAGUUUGGCAUUUACAAUAAACUUGUUAUGAACUAAUUACAGUACAACCCUGUUUUAACAUUAUUCAAGUUAGCAAAAGGAAAAAAAAACAUAGUAAGCAAUAAAAUGUUACAAGCAGGAAAUUACAAUUUAGUAAUUGUGUUUUAAUUUUUUUUACUACGGACUCAUCAAACAUUAAGCUAAUUAAAAUGUCAUGUUAAAACCUUGAUAGGUACACAUGAUACUCGAAUUUGUUUAAACCAAACCAACAAUUUUACAAAACUUUAUGGUGCUUACAGCUUCUAUUUCAUUUGUCUUUACAGACACACUGCCACUUUUCUGUAAAAUUGUCUCACAAUUCGCAAUAGUUUAGAGUGGAAAUAUAUAUGUCCAAUUCUUUUUCCACUUGAACAUUUGUUUUUUUAUGGAUUCCUAUCUACAAAUGGAAUUAUUUCAACACUGUAAGAAAUUUAACAGUUUUUAUUAAUUUUUAUUUUUUUGCCAUCGCAAAAUGUUGGCAAACUAAAAUACUUGAGAACUAUGUACAUACAUCUGAAAACACAUCCAAAUGGCAAGCCAAGGUAUGAAAGGAUUUAUUUUAGUGCUGAGCCAAACCCGGUUCCGAUUAUCGAAACCGGCCGAUAUAAUCAAUGUCGGAGUCGUGCACGAUUAACAUAAAAAAUGCCGAUAUUAAAACCAAUAAAUUUGUACGUUUUAAUACUUAAACUUGUUUUUUAUUACAUGAUCCCAACCGAGUUUAUUUAUCCAUUUCUACAAAAUUUUCGCUAAACAGAAAGAAAAAAUAUGGUUACAGUCUACAGUUUAAGUUGAUUUUUUUUAAAAAAAAUCAAAAUACGAAAGUAUAAAAACUUAAAAAGGCACAGGUAGUUUAUGAACUCACACGGGUUAUGCCGGGUAUUGUAAAAUUUCAACUCGACGUGUUCAAAAAGUGAUGCAAAUGAAGCUUUGCUUGUGUUGCAGUGACUUUCCAAACACAGGCCCGUGUUUAAGCUACGUCAUUGAAAAAUUACUUAAAUAUAGUAACAGCCUUUUGUUUAAUAUGCCUGCAGCGAUGCAACACGUCUGUAUAGCUAACUUCAUUUUCAUUAGAAACCAUAAUGUAACUUCUUGCAGUAUAUAUAUAGCAUACACUAUUAAAAAUGAUAGUAGCGAAUUUUAAACUGAUUCUUUGGUGCCGUUAUCACAAUAAAAAAAGCUGUUCGGAUACGAUUAUGUGUACUUCACAGAACAAGUAAUGUGCUGUACCAAUAUAGCGUCCACAACAAUCGAGGGCCAAGGAAGAGCAAGUCAUCACAACGUUGCCAGAUGCAACGGCAUUUCCACCGUUGCCAUAGCUCUAGCAAGGUACAAGCAUUCGUAGUGUAGCCAAUGUAGCGGCUAGGUUCUGUUUUUACCUCUUUGUUGUAGUAAGUAAUCUGCAUUUAUUAAACAAUUUAUAAGUUAUAUUUAAAGUUAUGGUCAUUGAUUUGGUUUGUUGCAUUAUAUUUCUAAAGUAAAAUAUGUUGGCUUCAUCCAACACACUAGUAAUAACAUUUAGGCAGAAUCAGUAAUGGAAUCGGCAGUAUCGGUAAGCUAGUAUCGGUAGUAUCGGAAAAGGCUCAGAAUCUGUAUCGGCUCAGCACUAAUUUCUUUCUUUCUUUUCUUCCAAGAUGAAGGUGCUAACAGUCACGUAACUGUUAACAUUUGUACCUUUGAUAAAUAGUUUACAUAGAGGUUUUUCAAACUCCUUUUACAUGUCAUGAAUUUUAGAAAACCAAAUAUAAGAAGGAAAUUUGAAAUGUUAUGCACUGAACAUUUGGGGAAAAUGUUGGCCCUCAUAUGUUAUAUGAGGAAAAAACUUAAUUCUCAGGAACAUAUAACAGGGUUCUACUGUAGUUGCAAAAUAACCUAGACUGAUUCAAAAAUUACCCUAAAGAGAAAAAUUUCAAAAAAAAAAUGGGUGCAUAAAAAAAUUAAUUCUAUAUUUGAAACAUUUGUUUGUGUGGAAAAUUUUAACAUAAUUUUGCUUUUAAGAUUUGUAAAUAAUAUUAAAUGAAAUGACCAGGCAUAGUAGUUUCAUUUGGGUGUUUCAUUUUGAGCAUUGUAUUGUCGCUUGCCAAAGUUUUUUGAAAACAUUUUGCUCAGAAUGAAUGUCAUGGUCAUGAUGUAAAAUAAUGAUUAAGGGUGAAUUUCACUGUUGAUUAGAAAAGUUUGAUAUGUUGUGUAUACGAGGCAAAAACUUAUCAUAGAAUAUGUUUACUUAAAAUCUGAUGUUACAAUACAAUGUAAUUUUCUCUGCAAAAAGAUUAUUAUUUUGUUUUUACUGUAUUGGUAGCACUUUGUGAUCAUCACUUCUGUAGUAAUCAAGGUUUUUACAGGUUAAGAAACUGAUGAAUGGGUGGUGACCAGUUAUUGUGUUACAUUUUAUCUUAUAAUCAUUUUAGACCAAUAUUAUCAGCUAAUGUUCUUGAUGAAAUACAAUAGGAAAAUGUACUUCCAAAUUUCCCAUUUCAAGGUAGAUCCUUAAAAUAUGUACCACUGCUUAAAAUGUUAUGUCCUAAUAUGUGUUUAAAGACACAGCUUCACCAAGUUUGCAUAUUCAGUGGCCAAAAAUUUAUUCAUACUCUGGUCAUUUAGGCUGGUUUAAUGAGUAGCAUUAUUAUUGAAAACAUUGAGACGGAGGUCAUAGCUCCUCCCUGCCUACAUCCUUGUUUGAUACACUGCUGAUAUCUGCAAAUAAUAGGGGUUGUCUUGGAAAAUGUAAAUAACUUAUAUCAUUGUGUGUAAAAAUAAUUUUAUGUACAUUAAUUUUAAGUGAAACAGUAUUUUUUUCUUUAUACGACAGUGGGAUUCACCCUAAAAGAAAGCCUGAGAAGUAUAUUGUGGAAUUGUGUAGUACUGAAUUGUAGCCACACAAUUAAUUUGAUUCAAUGUAAAUAUAAAAAUUUUCUGUCGUAGGUUGUGCUUUUGUGCAAAGUAAAACAUUUUGUAUUUUUAUACAUUAAUAUAAUAUUUAAAGAAAUAUUAAAAAUUUAAAUUGUGCAGUAGAUGUAAAUUUAUUAUACCUAUUUAUUUCUUUAUAGGUAGUCCAAAAAAUUUAUUUAAUUAUGUUAUUGUAUUCACCUCAUAUGAUGUCUUGCCUUGGUGGAAAUACUUUACUUAUUGUGUGCAGUUCCUCAAAAUCUUUUUUUUAUAUUUUGUUAUGUAUUUUCAUAAGAAAUCUGUUUUUGGUUUGAUUGUGUUUAUAAUUAGUUUUUUACUCGCUACCUUUUUUGUAUACUGUUUUUAAGUUGCUACUUUCAAUUGACAUUGAUUCGUAGUUAUAGCUUUGUAUAAGUAUAACAAAGGAAUAUAUCUGAAACAUCACAUAAUCACAUAGACCAGUUCACAGUGUUUUCACAAAUGCAUAGUUGUUGGAUGACAAGAAAACUAAAAUGGUGUGAUUGUUCAAAUAGAAGCAAUUACCCAAUUACAAUAAAAAUAGGCCUUUUCAGAUUUACUGUUUAAAAGUAUGGAAAGAAAUGUGAACUAUCUAAAAGAAUUAUAUUAUUAUGGGUUCAGUCUACAUUGAUGCAACAGAAUUGAAACUAUAAUACACAUACUAGUACACAAGAAUAUGCUCUGAUCAAUUUUAGUGAGGUUAGUGGUGGAUUGUAGCACACAAGAAACAUCUUUCCAACAUACUGAGUAGCGAUGGGUCAGAUCCCAAUUUUCUCAAAUCCAAAUCUCGAAUUUGAAUACCAAAGAGUACCUCGAAUAUACUCCUCGAAUCCAAAUCUAGAUCUCAAGAAGGAUCAAAAAUAAAAUAUGGUGUUAAAUCAUUCAACCCUUUAAAUGUUUGUUUCACAAACUAAGUUUACAGAAUCUAUACAUAUUGUAAUUUUAUUUAUAAAUACGUGUUAAAAGUACAAGAUCUUGAGAACUGGAAGAAGAUAGGUAUGAAAAAAAAAAAUUUGACCUAGAAAAUUCAGAGGUCAUCAGUGUUGAAUUGUUUUGGUUUACUUUAUUUCUUCUAAUAUUUUUCUUCAAAUAUUAGUCCUUGAAUAUCGAAACCUUCAAAUAUUAAGGUUUCAUUGGCCCAUCUUUUAUUACCGAGCUUUAGCGUCUGAUUUUCUGAAAGUAUUUACUGUUUGUUGCCUUCCGAACUCGCCACAAUACUCCAUACAUCCAUUUCAACCUUCUGUCAUCCAGCUUAACUUGUUUACCGCAGAAAUCAUUAGUGAAGUGAUGUAACAUCACAUAUAAGCUACUGUUCAAUAGAAAGCAAAGACAUAAAACAUCACAAAGUAUUAUUUUCAAUGUUAGUGUAAAAACUGGUUUAGCUCCUCCACACACUAUAAAUAUAAACAUAUGUAACGACACAUGUGUUUUUUUUUUUUUCAGUGAUCAAACUGUUCACACUUGUCUAAUAAUUUCCCUUCCGACUCGGAAAGUAUGUGGCAAACGUAACGAACACUUAAUGCAUCUGGAUGAAUUUUUAUUUCUUGUGUGUUAUGGUGCAGUGAUAUGCUGCACAGCUAAAUGCUAUCAUGUGUAUACACUUAGAACUACCAAAGUAAACACACUCAAGCUCGCAUAUCAGUAGAUAGUUUCGACAGCUUAAUUUCUUACUUUUGUAUUCACUAGAGUGAACUGGAAUAGAAUCUCUUUUUAACCCUUGUUAUUUACCUAGCUCUUCUGGUAAAACUACCUAUACAAAUUUUUAAGUGUAUAAAUGUUAUUCAGGGGUAGUAGGGAGGGUUGUAAGUUAUUCUCUUCAUGUGGUAUAAAUUAUUUACAUUUGUGUCCACCUGUACUUCUAGUAAGUUUUGAUAUAAAAUUUUAUCAAAUUUCUUACAAACCAUGAUGUUUUUACUUUGUUAGUAAUCUUAAUUUUUUAGUGUUAGGUCAAUUCCAGUUCAGGAAUCAUCUAAAAGCAUAUAGCAAAACCUAAAAAUUUAGAGUAGGUACAUAGUAUGUAUUUAUUUGAAAUAUUUCUCCAGUCGAACAUGUUUUCUCUAUUGUCGUGUCUAUUAAAACUGUUUUAUUAUUGAACUGCUUUUUUAAUGAGUGAUAAAUAUAGCUUCAAAAAAAUAAAACUCAUACUUUAUGUUCAGCUUAAUUAUGUAAUUACGUACAUAUAUAACAUAAUAAGUGCUAUUGCUACAGGAAUCGUAAAAAUCCAAUUGUAUAUGUUACUAUAGCAUAGUUAUGUCUCAUUUUAAUUUCAUCAAAUUAUGUUCUUUUAAAAUAAAACAUUGGAAUAAGUUAUAAUGUUCCAACAUAAAUGGAAGUGGCAAAACACAACAUAUUCAGAGAUUCUGAGAAUAUAUUUAUUAUUUCAUUUGGUAAAUGAAUAACCAUCAUUUGCAGGUAACUGGAUUUGUAAAUUAAAAAAUAGAUUUUGUAUUUGAGUGUAUAUGACAAAAGGAGUUUGGUAAUAAUUAUUUUAAAGAGUAGCUGUAGAAUCUAAUUCCAAUGUGUGAGAAUGAGAAUUGAAACUGACUGCUGAAUCCACGUAUAUUUAGAAUCGACCUAGCACCACUAACUACAUUAUUUCAAUCACAGGGUGGGAAUUUGGUUAAAAAUAUAUACUUUUAAGGUUUAAGUAAAUGCAUGUUUACAUUCCAUAUAAAUAAUUAUGUUAAAUUGAAACCAUUCUCUUUGAAAGUCUCUGAUAAUGGAAUUACAUUAAAAAUUGAGUAUUGCUUUGAAAUGUACACUUAAAUUAUUUAAUACUUUUCAUUUCUUUACUUUGUAGUUAUAAUGUAUAAUUCUUAUUAAUUUUUUGUUACAUACUUGGCAGUUUGCAAAAUAGACAUUCUCAGGAAGAAUAUGUACAGAGUAUAAAGUAUUAGUCAUUAUGUAAUAAAAACAAUGUCAGCAGACAAAAAAACAUAUCGUAGUUACUGCCAGAGCAGUUCGCAGCCAUAAGAUGUAACAAUUUGUGUAAAAUUGUUAUUGUUAAAAUAAUUUGCCAUGUUUCUGCAGGUACUUCUGAAAGCUGUAAAUAAAUUAGGCUAAUCACCGCAAGCAAUAAAGCAGUUACCAUUCCUCGAGCAUUAUCAGUGAGGAGAACGCCACAAAGAAGCUGGCGUAGGCAACGAUAAUAUGCAACUCUAAACGCACAGCCACGUCAUUAAGAAUGCACUUGGAAGUUGUCGUGAAAAACUAUGUUUUUUUAAAAAAAAAAAUUUGUAUUGUGAUUGUGAGCUUAGUGUGAAGUGUAGCUUUUGUACAACCAAAUGAGAAGUAUUAAAAUAAUUCAUAUCAUAAUUUUAA